GACUCACGGCUGGUCAUUUUCUUUCUACUUAUGCACAAAGCUGGAAGGUCUCUUGCUCGUGGAAUAGCGAGAAAUGCAUUCAGGGAUAUCCAUCUAAAACCAACAGAACCUUCUCAAGCUCAAGUCACCACUCUGCCCAACAAAAUUCGCGUUGUGACCGAUCCUAUACCUGGUCAUUUCGCUUCACUUGGUCUCUAUUUGGAUGCUGGGUCGAGGUAUGAAACUCCAGAAAAUGCCGGAGUCAGUCACUUUUUGGAUAGAAUGGCUUUCAAAGGCACUCACAAUAGGUCGACCGAAGAAAUGGCCGCGGCAAUGCACUCUAUGGGUGGACAGAUACUGUGCUCCUCAUCUCGAGAGGCUAUAAUGUAUCAGUCAUCUCAUUUCUCCCAAGCAUCUCCCCUCGCACUUGAUUUAAUCGCGGAUACAGUCCUCAACCCGUCUUUUUUCCCCGAAGAAAUCGAGGCUCAAAGGGAUGCUGCGAGCUACGAGCUUCGUGAACUAGCUUCUAAACCCGAAAUGAUCCUUCCCGAGAUACUCCAUACCAUCGCAUAUAACCACACCGGUCUUGGGAAUCUUAUGUUAUGCCCAGAGGAUCGGAUAGACCUUAUUGACAGUGCAAUCCUCCGAAAAACCAUGCAGCAAUGGUAUACACCAGAACGGAUGGUUAUUGCCGGGGCUGGAAUACACCAUCAAGAAUUGGUUGAGCUGGUUGACAAACAUUUCUCGUCGUUGAAAACCUCCCCUUCCUCUCCACUACCCUCACAACCAUCGAGAGGGACAAAUCCUACAUAUCAGGCCCCUUCCAAUCUUUUAUCCACGCCGAAUCCCUCCGUUACAAAAACUCUAUCUCGGGCCGCAUCGUAUCUAUUCCCCAACUCAUCUGUGGACCCUCCGGUAGUUCCCUCAUCCCGCUACACUGGUGGUCAUCACUUUAUACACGAUCCUGAGGGUGAAUUCGAUCACCUCUACAUCGCUUUCGAAGGGACCGGCAUCCAUGACGACGAUAUAUAUGUCCUCGCCACCAUGCAAAUCCUCCUUGGGGGUGGUGGAAGCUUCUCCGCGGGUGGACCUGGAAAGGGAAUGUACUCUCGACUUUACACCCACAUAUUAAACCUCUUUCAGGCGGUCGACCAUUGCGCAUCUUUCCAUCACAUAUACACAGACUCCUCUCUUUUCGGAUUGUUUGCCUCCUUCGUUCCAUCUGCGUCAGGUAUCCGAGGCGGUAGCACCCCUUCACACAUGCUUCCCCAUCUAGUCAAUCAGUUAAGCCUGUUAGUGCACCGAAGCGUACCAGAAAUCGAGCUUUCGCGGGCGAAGAAUCAACUGAGAUCCAGUUUAAUGAUGGCAAUGGAAAGCCGGUCGAUCCAAGUUGAGGACCUUGGUAGACAGGUCCUCGUGCACGAUCGUCCAGUCCCCGUCACGGAAAUGACUGACAAGAUCGCUCAGGUUACAGCUGAAGAUGUCCGCCGCGUCGCUGUACGGAUAUUCGGACCACAAUCGGGUAAUAAGCCCACUAUAGUGUGUCAGGGCCAUGAGGACGUUAAGGAUUGGCGAACCGUCUUUAAGAAGUACGGUAUAGCCGCAUAGAUCUAUCUACAUCCCGUUGUUAUAGUAUAUCCACGAAAGUAAUCACCAUAUAAGGCUUGUCUUGCAUCCCCA